UAUAAUAAUAAAAUAAAAGUAUAAAAUGAGUUUCCAAACUAAAAUUAACUUAAUAGAAAAAUAUGAUUACGAUUUAUUUAAAGCUGUAUUUGAUAAUAAUACAAAAAAAGUUAGGGAAAUGAUCGACUGUGGUUGUGAUAUAAAUAUGACCGAGUAUGAUAAAGGAACAACACCAAUUCAUAUAGCAUGUGCAAGAGGACAUAAACAAGUGUUAGAGUUAUUGGUACAAAGAGGGUGUGAUGUAAAUGUACAAGAUAACAGAGGAUGGACACCAUUACAUUCAUUAGUAACAGGAAGAUAUGAUAUUUUAGCACUGUGGUUAAUUAGACAAGGCAGUAAAAUCGAUUUAAAAGAUAAGAAUGGUUUCUCAGCAAUAGAUAUGGCCCAAGGUUGGUUUCAACAAGAAAUGAGAGACGUAUCGAUGGGUAAACUAUCAAAUUCUGAAGCAGUUUUAAUGGAAGUAACCAAAGAAUAUGACCAAAAGAAAAAUGAACACAAUAACAAUAUUAAAAAUAUUUUACAACAACAUGAACAAUCAAAAAAAUUAUCAGAGUUUGAUUUAUUACAGAAAAACCCAACUCCAAAUGGUGCAAAUAAACAAAGUCAUUUAAGCUUAUCAGAAGUUAUUAAAGUUUAUUAUAGAAAUGACAGUUACAAAACUUUCAAAGUUUCCUCAUCCGAUACCGCUUUAGAUAUCCUCAAAGUAAUGUGUGAAAAAAUUAAUAUGAAGUCUUAUGAUAAAUGUUUCGAUAUUGUAGAGGUUAUUAAAGGUCAAAUACGUUAUGUUAAACAACACGAAGUGCUUUUAGAAGUUAAAAAUAAAUGGCCAAUAAUUAUUAAUACAAAUGUUGAUACAAGUCCACAAUGCCAUUUUUCUUUAGUUAUCAGAAAAACAGCACCAAAAGAAGCAAUAACAGCAUUUAUUAAUGUUAUUUAAAUAAAAAAGUUUUAUUUUUCACUAUUUUCUUUUAUGUUUCUCUUUUUAAGAGUUGGUAUAUCUUUUAAAUAAAAAAUUUAAUAAAAUAAAAAAAAAAUUAUUAGUCAAUAU